UCAUCUAACGAUCCCUAGCUAGCAAUGGAUCACAUUUCACAAAUCUCGCGAGUUUUCAUCCUCCUUGCAUCCCUCAUUACUCUCUUCACGAACCCUACUCUCUCAUCCAUAAACCGUAACCCCUUACAAGACUUCUGUGUAGCUGAUCUCCAAGCUUCCCCAACCAACAGUGGCUACCCCUGCAAAGCACAAGUCACCUCUGAAGACUUCUUCUACUCCGGCUUGAACACUCCUUUAAACACCUCGAACCCAAAAGGUACUGCCGCUAACUCAGCCAACCUCAUGACCUUUCCAGGCCUAAACACUAUGGGAAUAUCCAUGUACAACGUUGAAAUAGCGCCUGGAGGAUACAACCCACCUCACUCGCACCCCGGUGCUACCGAGGCAGGGGUCGUGAUCGAAGGCUCGGUCUUGGUUGGGUUCUUGACGACUAACUACACGUUGUUCCAGAAGGUUAUUGGACCCGGUGAUAUGUUUGUGAUUCCUCCGGGACUCAUCCAUUACGAGGGGAAUGUUGGGAAAACUCAAUCGCGUCUCUUGACGGUGGUUGCUGACGACUUGCCUAGUGAGGUUGUUCUGCCUAACACUCUGUUUGCUACCAAACCUGCGAUCCCAAACGCAGUGUUGAUGAAGGCGUUCAAAGCAGAUAGUAAAACAAUCAACAUGCUCAGGUCAAAGUUUACUAGUUAAAGAAUAUGUUAAAGAAUAUGUUAUGUAUUCCUUCUAAAAAUGUAAUCUUUCCUUAAUUAAUAAAUAACUGAAAUCAGUUUUUAUUUUAUUUUAUUUUA